CGGACCGCGUUGUGGGCACACGCGUUCCGGCCGGCCUGCCAUGAGGGCCUCCGCCGAUGGAGCCGACGACCACCGUGCUGCUGAUGCUGCUGCUCGUCGGAUGCCUCUCUUCGCUGCUUCCCGGUGUUGCUGCAAAUUGGGACGAUUGGUGGACUUACGAAGGCAUCUCAGGUCCGGACUUCUGGGGCCGGCUGAACCCUGCCUGGAGCCUUUGCAGCACAGGACGUCGGCAGUCUCCAGUCAACAUAGAACCGCGGCAGCUACUCUUCGACCCGAACCUCAAGCCGAUCGCAGUUUCAAAUCACAGGGUGGACGGGCUGCUGCAGAACACGGGCCAAGGCAUCGUGUUCCGCCUGUCCGAAGACGACGAACUGGGCGGCGUCAACAUCAGCCUCGGGCCGCUCUCGUACCGCUACCGCGUCUACGAGCUGCGACUGCACUUCGGCCGCACCGAAGACCGAGGCUCCGAGCACUCCGUCUCCGGAUUCGUCUUCCCGGCAGAGCUUCAGAUCCUGGGUUACAACUGUGACCUGUACGCCAACGUGUCCGAAGCCAGGCAACGAGCGCAGGGUCUCGUCGCGUUGGCGGUUAUCAUUAAGCUACGAGACUCCGCCAACGUAGAGCUUCGACUUCUGACCAGCCAAUUGCUGCACCUGGCUUUUAAAGGCUCCCAAGUGGCCGUGAAGUCGGUCUCUAUCCGCGACCUGCUUCCCGACACGGACAGUUACAUGACUUACGAGGGUUCGAGCACGACGCCCGGCUGUGAGGAGACGGUCACCUGGAUCCUGAUGAACCGCCCGCUGUACAUGACGCGCCAACAGCUGUUCGCCACGCGGAAGCUGAUGCAGGGUGACGCGUUCCACCCCAAGGCGCCGCUCGGGAACAACUUCAGGCCCACGCAGCCACUCCACGGCCGCGUCGUGCGCACCAACAUUGAUAUUAGGAGCGAUGACUGCCCCGGAAUGCAAGUCAAUAAGUUUUAUCAAGCGAACCUGGAUCUCCUCAGCCGAUAGCAGCCGUGGGCGGACAGUGAUGGACAGAAGGAGCACGUGAACGUCGGGUCGGGGAGGCCUAGAAGAAAGCAGCGACGUCGCGAUUCCUUCAGAGAUUGCGCGCCCACCGUGCGCAACAACAAGAAAGACCCUCCGCCAUGACUUGUACGCCAGAGAGGCCCAUGAGGAGCAACGCCGAGCUGACGAUGAUACACCGUGCCCUCGCGUAAACCGGGUUCGGUUCACCGGAACUUUCCUAAACACGGUGGAAGUCUAUGAGAGCAUCUAUGACUGAUUUCUCGCGCUGUACACGAUACAAUGUGGAUACCUUUUGCGUAAUUAGAAAUACGUCUCGUUUGCUUCUGUUGAAGGCAACGCAAUGUGGAAGAAGCUUUCUUGAAUCUCGUGAAUGUCAGUUAUCGCAGCACUUGCUACGUCUAUAUGAGUGGAGGCCAAGGGAACACUGUGCAGCCCAUUCGCGGUUUCCAGUCAUUAGGCUGCGGCACCAUAGACUUGUGGUUCUUCGCACAGAAACUUCGAGCAGCUAUGUGCUUUUCGUAGCGCGCUUGUUAAAGCGAGAUGACUUCGUUAUCAUACAAAAAAAAACGGCCUCGAAUUCGUUGCGUGGCCUCGUGAAUAGAUGCAGUGGGAUAUUAAAUAACAUCUCAGAAAGAAAAUAUUCGUUAGAUCAAUGAAAUAUAACAAUUCACUACAGUGAAUUCGCUACCCCGUUGUAGCCGGUCGCGGGUAUUUCGAGAUCAUUGGCAGAGAUGCUUUUGUCACGCAGCCGAUUUAAUAGGAUUAUGGCUGAUGAUAAUGAUAAUAAAAAUGACUAUCAGUUAUGGUUAUAGCUUAGUUUUACUGCGUGGAGAAGCGUGCGUCAGUCUUACGUGUAAAGAAGCACAAUCGUGCUCCGGCUGCUCAACAUCGCUUGGCGGUGUCAGUGCUUGAUUUUGUGCAAACCCAGCAAUUAGCUGAUGCCAAACGCUCAGGUGCGUGCGUAAGCUGUGUGUAAACAGCUUUCGUAAACUACUCGACGAAAGCCCUGAAAAAUAUUUCGACGGUGUCGAUAGUAUCCAUACACAAAGGUCGCGAAUAAAAGUUUGCUGCUAUUGUGACGGUGAACGAAGUUGUUGGCCAUUCUUGUAAACCCACUUUCUUCCGUUCCACGCACCAGUACACUCAUGUUCCGUAACUCCGCGAUCAUGCUAUAAACAAGAACCGCGUUAAGCAUAUCAUUCGAUGACAUGAGGUGAAGCGAGCCUCACUUUGCUGCAGUUAUAUCGGAGUACUGGAGUUGAGUUUGGAGAUAGCCGACUUGAUACGGGCCCGUCUCUUUCGACAAACCCAAAAGGAACGCUUGAGGAUUUGUAACAGAAGUUGUGGGCCUACAGUCAAUUGCCUAGUUAAGGCAAUCCGCAUUUAUUUAUUUAUUUAUUUAUUUGCUUGCUUGAACUGUUACGCACGCCGAUACCACACCUCACUAAUGAGGUGUCAUUGCGGGGUGCACCAUAUUAGUUUUUACCCGUUGCGAUUCCUUGAAGUGCAAAUAAAUCUAAACCCACGAGUCUUUACGACACCACCUUUAUCGGACUGUAGACACUGAGGGUAGCCAUGACGGUGACACCGGUUGAACAGGAGGCGUAAACGUUCGAACAUCGAUAAUCGCGAAGGUGCAGACUGUUGAUGCGAGUGUCUGAAUCAUCCUGAAGAUCGUUAAAAUACACUAAAAUACGCGCCUAGUUCUUUGUUUUAUGAAGCUUCAAUAAUUUGAGUGAGGUGUAGCGGCCCCGCGCACAGUGUACUUACUGCUACUCAAGAUUUAUGGAAUACCGCUUAAACCGAAAUGAUAGCCUUUUUGCCUUAACUCGACCCCAACUGUGACAUACGUGUGACUCUACCUGACCCAAAAGUAAGAACUACCUUGCGCCGAGGAAUAUAGUGCCAAGUGCCACACGCAAAUUGACCCAAGUUAACGGUAGUAAAUGUAUGAAUUCAUUUUUUUUUCUCUCUUUGACUUAUCCCUCGUCUUAUGUUCCGCAAGACCUCUAACGCAACGCUUAGAUGUAACCGUUUUCGGAGAGAUGUCGCUGUCAUUCAAGUCAUAUCAGCGUUCUAAAUAACUCUCCUCUAAAAGGACGCCAAAUGACUUAUAGUGCAUGGUCUAAUCCGAGUAUGGUCUAGAGUGCAUGGUCUGUAAACGCGAAUGAAAACAAUAGGUAUACAUAUCGACGACGUCGUGCUCAUAACGAUGGUGCCGACUGUGCUCAUUGCGGAAAUCGAACCACAGCCAUGACGUUUCAGACAGGAACAAAAAAAUUCUGAAGCUUUCUCGCUGAAUAUCGCACGAAAGUGCAUUUCGUUUUCCCUUUCAAAGUGGAGGUAAAGCAUCGCGUGUUGAAGUUCAAAUAAAGAACACUGGUAAAAUACACUUUUCCGUAGUGUUUAUUCUGAUUUGAAACUUCCCCGCGUGUGUUUUAUCUGCCCAUGACCGCACACAUUACCUCCAUUAAUGAUGUUCGAACCAUCGAUGCAUUAACUCUUUGUUUUAUUCCUCAACUAUUAUGUGAUCGCAAAUAAAAACACGUGUGCUUUGGAAAGAAUCAGCCUCACACGUUCUUUUUGAAGCUGAUUGUGCGUUCUCUCUAUAUAUAUUUUUUAAACCAACUGAGCCGCCCUAAAGCAAUGACCUCCACAUUUAUUUUUCGCUUAUUGUUACGUGGUCUGCUUUUUGCUGCCAUUAGCCUGCAUGGCUCGAAAAAAAGACAAUAAAACAGACAUCAGCAGCCACCUGGUUACAGUGAAGUUGUUGCAGUUUUCUCGUGCUUGAACUGCUAAUCACGUGACUGCUGUAUACUGGCUCCUGAGCUGUAAUACAUUAAAAAAUGCAAACUGAAAUCGGCUGUAUCGAAUCUCUAAUGAAGCAAGACGUGUGCACAAACGUGAGGUGUGAAACCAUGUGCUGAUGAUUUGUCGUUACGUAUACUGCGUUGCGAUUGACUAUGUAUUGGUGGAAAUUUAGGAAAAAUAAAACGAC